UUCAACAUUAAACCAAACAACUUUAGGCUAGUAUAAGUUAUAGAAUCUAUAUCUUUCUAGUAUGAGAUUUCAUUCAAAUGCAUUACAAUAUAAUGAACCAAACAUCCCCUUAAUGGUAGUUUUUACCUAUUUAGUGAUACUUUAUACAUAUAUUGAUAUUUACAAUUUUAUCAUCUUAUUUGUUGCCAAAUAUAUAGACCUUAUACGCUAAAAGUUAUUCCAAAUAAUUAAUGACGAAGUGGGUAAUAAAAGAAAAAAUAAAACAAAAAUAAAUUUAGUAUGGAGAUGGGAAGCACGGCCACCGGCUAACGGUCCAAGUCUAACAGCUUUGACAAAAACCGCCAAAAAAAAGUUGCGUGUCAUGACUCAUAACUCUGCUUCUCUAGAAUCCCGACAGUCGAAAAUACCACGCCAUUUUCUAUUUUCCACUGUUUUGUUUCUUUCUUCUAACAUUUUCUAUUCAUUCGUCAAAUCACGAGCUCAACUUUCCUCUUCCUCUAUUUCUGGACUUAGUCUAUAAUAAAUAUUAAUUAAUCUACAUUUAUCCUAAUGUGGGUCCCACUUUCCAAAUUCUCUGUUUCUUCCCUCCUUAAAAAGUCAAUAUCAUUUCUUUUUACAUUUGCUCCCACCCUUAAAAUCAUUGGUUAAUAAAUAUAAAUAAUGGCUCCUGCUCUUACAGUCGAUGUUGAAUAUGCAAUGAAACUAAGGGAAGAUUCAAGUGUUAUAAAAAACAGGGGAAAUAACAUGAAGAAACAGAGGAAAUCUAUGUCUUUGCCUAGAUUUGGGUGUUUGAGAUUAGAUGAUGAAUCUAAAUCUGUUGAUAGGCAGAAUCAGAAUGACGGAAGUAUUGAUAUGUUGUCUACUGCUGGUGUUGUUGAUGAUUUUGAUCGUGAUCGUCGCCUUCCCACUCAUUUAAUUGUUAUGGUUAAUGGUAUUAUUGGCAGUGCAGAGGAUUGGAGAUAUGCUGCAAAGCAGUUUCUGAGGGCUUACCCCAAAGAAGUUAUAGUUCACUGUAGUGAAAGAAAUACUUCAACCUUAACAUUUGAUGGAAUUGAUGUGAUGGGUGAACGACUAGCAGAUGAGGUGAUAACAGUCAUACAGCGUUAUCCACAUCUACGCAAAAUUUCAUUCAUAGGUCAUUCUUUAGGUGGUAUGAUUGCAAGAUAUGCAAUUGCCCUGCUUUAUGGGGAUAACUAUUUGGAUAGACUAUUUAAAGUAAAUGGAGAAACUGGAAGCAAUGGGUGUGAAAAAGUAAUGCAACAAGAAGAUUAUAUUGGUAAGAUUGCUGGUCUGGAGCCUGUAAAUUUCAUAACAUUUGCAACGCCGCAUCUUGGUUCAAGGGGACACAAUCAGGUUCCAAUGUUUUUUGGCUUCCACACAUUAGAAUUAAUAGCGCGCCAAACAUCAUGGUUUCUUGGAAGAACAGGAAGGCAUCUGUUUUUGACCGACAAAGAUAUGGAAAAACCCCCUCUUCUUCUUAGGAUGGCAAAUGAUUGUGAGGGUCUUCCAUUCAUAUCUGCAUUAAAAUCUUUCAAUCGCCGUAUUGCCUAUGCAAAUAUGCGCUUUGACAAGCUUGUUGGAUGGUGCACAUCUUCAAUCCGGCUUGAAAAUGAACUCCCAAAGAGGCGACAUAUACUGAGAAAUGACAAGUAUCGGCACAUAGCAAAUGUGGAGACAGGAGUAGUUUCUUAUAAUCAGCAAGCCUCUACUAUGGAGUCCAUAAUGAAUGGGUGGAAAAGAUUAAGAACUCAAGAAAUGCUGGAAGAAAUGAUCAAGGGACUAACCACAGUUAGCUGGAAAGAGUUGAUGUUAAAUUUGGUGGUGGUAAACAUCGGUUCGUUGCUCAUAAUUCAAUUCAGGCAAGCUUUAUAUAUUGUCUUUCUUCUUAAUAGUAAUGGAGUACUUAGAAGAAUUUUUUUGAUUUUUUUCAAAUAUGUUUAUGCUUAGUAAUUGUUUCUCAUGUAAACAUGUAAUCAUAUUUUGCAGGUGCAACAUUAUUGGAUGCAUUCAUCUGGAGCUGAUGUUAUUAAACACAUGAUUGACAAUUUUCUCCUGUAGAUCUUGUAGAAAUAGUUAGCCUAAUCCAAAAACUUAGGAAAAAAAAUAAUGAAAAUUCAAAACGUAUAUAGAGAUUAAAAAAGUUGGUCUUUGAAAAGCUCUUCGUUUGUCUCAUUGUUGUGAAUUAUAUUUUGGUCUCAGCCA